AUGGAUAGACCAACAACAACUGGUAAGGCAACGAGCUGCAGUAGUGCGCCCCAAGCUGGAGGUGCCUGGCCUAUCAUUGGCCACAUGCACCUCUUUGGUGGCCAGCAACUGACUCACAAAACACUGGGUGCCAUGGCUGAUAAGUACGGGCCAGUUUUUACUAUAAAGCUCGGUUCUCAUGAAGUUUUGGUUGUGAAUAGUUGGGAAAUGGCCAGGGAUUGUUUCACUGUACAUGACAGAGCUUUCUCCACUAGACCAAGCGUUGCUGCCUCAAAGCUGCUAGGCUAUGACUUAGCUAUGUUUGGCUUUGCUCCUUACGGGCCUUACUGGCGUGAGAUGCGCAAAAUAACUACAAUUGAGCUUCUGUCGAGCCACCGGAUUGACAUGCUGAGGCACAUACGAGCUUCAGAAGUAGAGGCCGCGAUAAGAGAUCUGCAUAAGAUGUGGGUUAGCAAAGGCAGUGCAGAAAGUGGAGUAAUGGUGGAUAUGAAGCAAUGGUUUGGAGAACUGACACUUAACAUUUCUUUGAGAAUGGUGGGAGGGAAGCGUUAUUCGGGAGCAAGUGCUGAUUGUGAAGAGGCAGAGGCACGAAGAAAUCAAAAGGUCAUGAGAGACUUUGUUUGUUUGUUUGGGGUUUUCGUGUUGUCUGAUGCAAUACCAUUUCUUGGCUGGUUGGACUUCAAUGGAUACGAAAAAGCCAUGAAGAGAACCGCUAAAGAGUUGGAUAUUCUUAUUAGAGGAUGGCUGGAGGAGCAUAAGCAGAGGAGAUUGUUGGGUGGGAAGGAGAAGGAAGAGCAUGAUUUCAUGGAUGUGAUGCUGAACAUCUUGGGAAAGGCUAGUAUUUCAGAUUUUGAUGCAGAUACCAUUAACAAGGCUACUUGCCUGUAUCUCAGGCGAUCUUUAUACAAGGCAAAAUUUGCUCAUCAGGGCCUGUGGUUUUAUACAAGGCAUUACGUUUCGAUCAUCUUUUUUGAAUUAUACAAUGUUAGAAAGAAAACCAUGGCAGGAAGAAGGUCGUGCCCUGGCAUCUCGCUAGCCCUCAGGAUAGUCCAGUUUACUCUGGCUAGAUUGGUUCAUAGUUUUGAAGUGGCUAAGCCAUCGAGGGAAGAUGUGGACAUGACUGAGAGCAAUGGCUUGACAAAUUUGAAAGCUACCCCACUUGAAAUUUUCCUUAUCCCACGUCUUAAUUCCAGGCUUUAUGGAUAG